AUGUUCAAGCCCAGAUUACGGAUACCAAGGGGAGCCGGCGCCCCAAGGCUGUCCUCAGCAGUCCCCCGGCCUGCGCCGUUGUCACCCUUCGCGGUUACUGCGAGACACCAGCAGCAACAACAGAGGUCUUUACACGCCUCACCAUCACGGCGGCUGCACAAGGUCGCCCCAUUGACCGACGAUGCCAAGUUCGAGCAAUAUGGUGUGCCGGGCCUGUUGACGACCGAGGGAUUCGAAUUCGCGUACACCAACUACCAAUCGUGGCUGCUAGAAAAGCUGAACCAGAUGACAGCAGGCACCUCGUUCGAAGGCAAGACCACCCUCGAGACGCUGAUCCUGACCGCUCGCGAGCCACACCUCGCCGCCACGUUCAACUAUGCGUCCAUGGCGCACAACAACCACUUUUUCUUCGACGGGCUGUCCAAGACCGGCGGCAACGACAAGAAUGAGCAUAUUUCCAGUCACGCGCCGCUCGCGGCCAUGCUGGAGAUGUCGUUCGGCAGCCUGGAGAGCCUGCGGCGCGAGCUCAUCAUGACGGCCGACGCCAUGUUCGGGCCGGGCUUCGUCUGGAUGGUUCAGCAGAUGGACUCGCCCGGGGCGGUGGCGCGGCCCUUCAAGCUCCUGACGACGUACCAGGCCGGCAGCCCGCACCCGGGCGCGCACUGGCGCAGCCAGGGCGUCGACAUGAACAACCACGGCGGCCAAAGGGAGGGCGGCGCCGUCAUCAAGGAGUACUUUGACAGGCAGAACAUCGCCAACAACCGCGAGCCUCUGCACGGCAGCGGCGCCACCGCCUCCAACGCCAGCAAGGCCGUCAAGUCGCCGCCCGGCGGCUCCCAUAUCGUCCCCCUGCUGUGCGUCAACACGUGGGAGCACGUCUGGAUGUGGGACUACGGCAUUGGCGGCAAGGCGAAAUUCGUGGAGAACUGGUGGGAGACCAUCAACUGGGGCAAGGUGAACGAUCUGGCCCACAUUGACGAACCUUACAAGAUGACUGCAAACCCGAAGAUCAGCAUUGCCCCGGCUGCUAGGCGGGUACCUGGGGUCGCUGCGGAGCGCACAGCUGGGGCGCCUCAGUAA